AACGCGGCCCACUUUUGAUGACGUAGAAGACUUGUUGUCUAGGCGCAUUCGAAGCUUUGUGGCUACAUUCGUUCAAAAUGUCGCAGCAAGGAGCUGCGUUACAGAGUUAUAACAACGAAUUAGUUAAAUGUAUAGAAGAAUUGUGUACAAGGAGAGAUGAGUUACAUCGAACGAUUUUGCAAGAAGAAGAAGAAAAGCAAAAAUUACAGAAUGAUAUUCGUGUGCUGACGGAACGGCUUGCAAAAGUGAAUGAGAGUCUGGCAAAAAAAAUGGCUUCAAGGAAUGAAUUUGACAAAACAAUUGCUGAAACUGAAGCAGCUUACAUGAAGAUCCUGGAGAGUUCCCAGACAUUGCUGAAUGUACUUAAGCGGGAAUCUCAGAGCCUGAAAGAGAAGAGUUACCCUGCACCUGGUGGAUCCACAAAUCGCAUGACAUCACUGUCUUAGCUUUCUUUUCUCUAUUUAGAUUUUGUUUUUUGCUUGGCUUUGGGGUUUUUUUUCUGAUAAGUGAAAGUGUUUAUAGAAAUGAUUUUAAAAUGUAUGUUUUUCCCCAUUUACUGCAUUUUCCAUAUACAUAAAGAGAGCUUGACAUUUUAUCCAGAAUAGGUAAACAUGCAAUUGGAUGCUUAAUGGAUCUAAGAAGUGACUGGUCAUAGAACAGUUCUCAUCUGUUAAUAUUAGUCUCAUUUUGUGAUACACAAUAUAGUACAAAUGAAGGGAUAUUCUUUUAUUAAAAAUGUUCAAAUGAAAAUAGGCAAUAUAACUGUCUUAAAUAUGUACACCAGAGGAUAUACAGUUUUCUGUUGCUCCAGAGAUUUUCACUUCAGCCUGUCAAUACACAUUGGCAGCUUAAUUAAAAACGUAAAAUACCCAACUAAUGUUAAUGCAGGGUUGAGUGUAAGUAGACAUUCAUUGUUCUCUGAACAUUACAAAAUAUUUAUCCUGAAAAGUUAUAACUAAUGUAUGACAUAUUUGCCUAUGCAUUGGUGCCUUUCCAAUGUUAACAUUAAUGUUAAUGGGGAUUUUAUGUAUGAUUUUAUUCAUGCAUAAAUUGUUGUACUUGAGAAACCAAUGUAAUUCUCAUCAAAAACUUAUUGCCAUUUGGAGAUCUGAAGCAUGGUUUGGACUAGGGGAAAAAAGUGAUGCAUUAUAGCUUAUUUAGACAUUUUAUCCAGUCAGGUUCACACACAUGGGCAUACAUGCACUACUAUGUAAACACACGGGCUCAUAAAGGUAAAUGAAAGUGCAUCAGAAAAGCUUUUCAAUGCCUCUUUAUCUUAGUUGUAACCAGAUGUACAUAAACUCUUGCUUUUCUCUUUCCUAGCCUGAGAAAAAUUUCCUCAGUUACAAAUGUUGAAAGCAAAGGGAGGCAACUCAAUGCACAGUUCAAAUCAAACUUCCACAAGUAAAUGUCUUUCACAAAUAAAACUUUACCUAUA